AACGAAUGGGGGAGAGAGCAGCCAUAUUGAAUUGCCAAUUUCUACAGAGAAGAGACAAUAGAGUACCGAGUUGAGCGAAGUGGAUAUCUUGAAAAACGAAACGCAUAAGAAAGGAAGAAUUUAAGAUUAAUUUCAACUGUACAAUUGAAGAAAAAAAAGCCCUCGUAAGGACAGACACGGGUGAUAGAUCUGAAGUUGCUGGCUUAUUUCAUUGAGGAGUCGGUAAGGUGCGACUUCAUCCAUCAUACACAGGACAGAGCGAUAACCUUAAGGGUGCAGGAACUGGAAGAAUACCUGACUCAACCCCUCCAAACCAUUCUACUUUUGGAUUUAAAAUUCCUCUGAAUUUGUGCUGUUUGCAUUUUUGCAGAGGGAACUUUUUUGUGAAGCAAGUGACUUGCCAAGAUUAAAUAAACUGGAAACUCGAGGAUUAAAGUAAUUAAUUUACCGACAGUUAAGAACAGAGUGUAUAUAAAAACAAAAAAUAGAGAAGUAAUUGCAGUGAUUUACAAACGGCGAAGAACACUGCAUUUUUGAACAAAAGCGCGAAGGAUGCAUUUAAGCUGAACUCAAGAUUUAAAAAACAAACGGAAAAUAAAAACAUUUGCAGUGACGUUUUUCAGUUCAGAUUGCCUUUGCAGUUCCGAAACAGGAUUCUUUUCCCACUAUACACGUUCACGUAUAAUUUUCUAUACUGUGUACGUGCAUAUCUUCUAUUUAUUCAUAGAAAUGCUAAUUUCUCUUCGUAUGGAAGAGUUUUUGUGUACAUAAACCCGUUUCACGCGUCAGGCGCUCUUUUAUUUUGAGGUCCGCACUGUACGUACACUUGUGUGUAUAUAAAAGCUAUUAAAAAAAAAAAAAAUUAAAAAAAUUAAAUCUCCAAACAAAAGGACAAUUUUAGUUCCCAGCUUUUUUUUUUUUUUUUUUUCUGCUUUUGGGAACUGUUUACACCUGGGGGCAUUAAGAUUAAAGAAACCUGCGACAAAAGUAUUUGGAGGGGGUAAAGUCAAAGUUAAGCUUCAAACUGUCACCAACUCAGAGGGUCCAGAGAAAUCUUUAGAUAGCAAUGGCCACAGCAAGAACGGAGAACCCUGCCUCCAUGGUCAUGGGAAUGAGCAAGCCGAACGGGCAGCUCAGAGGACAGCCGAAGCCAACAUCUCUUCCAUCAGGACCCACCGCCCUGGGCUCUCAGGCAGGAAAGGCCCCCAGCACCCCCCAGAAAGGAGGCAGCGCCCUCCAGAACAGCGGUGGCAUCAGGUUUGGUGAUGACUGGAAGAAGUGCCUGCAGCUCCCACCCAAAGACACGCGAGUCAGAACCUCAGACGUGACGGCGACCAAGGGCAACGAGUUUGAGGACUACUGCCUGAAGAGGGAGCUGCUGAUGGGCAUCUUUGAGAUGGGCUGGGAGAAGCCCUCCCCCAUUCAGGAGGAGAGCAUUCCCAUCGCUCUGUCCGGCAGGGACAUUUUAGCCCGUGCCAAGAACGGCACGGGCAAGAGUGGCGCCUACCUCAUCCCCCUGCUGGAGCGGAUAGAUCUGAAGAAGGACUUUAUACAGGCCAUGGUGAUGGUCCCCACCCGAGAGCUGGCCCUGCAGGUCAGCCAGAUCAGUAUCCAGGUGGCCAAGCACCUGGGCGGGGUUAAAGUCAUGGCGACCACGGGGGGCACCAACCUGAGGGACGACAUCAUGAGGCUGGACGAAACGGUGCAUGUGGUGAUCGCCACGCCAGGCAGGAUCCUGGACCUAAUCAAGAAGGGCGUGGCCAAAGUGGACCGGCUGCAGAUGAUGGUGAUGGAUGAGGCGGACAAGCUCCUGUCCCAGGACUUUGUGGUCCUGAUCGAGGACAUCAUCAGCUUCCUGCCCAAGAACCGGCAGAUCCUGCUGUACUCGGCCACCUUCCCCAUCAGCGUGCAGAAGUUCAUGGCCAAGCACCUUCAGAAGCCCUAUGAGAUUAACCUGAUGGAUGAGCUCACGCUGAAGGGCAUCACCCAGUACUACGCCUACGUCACUGAGAGACAGAAAGUGCACUGCCUCAACACGCUUUUCUCCAGGUUGCAAAUAAACCAGUCCAUCAUCUUCUGUAACUCCACUCAAAGAGUGGAGCUCCUGGCCAAGAAAAUCACACAGCUGGGCUACUCCUGCUUUUACAUCCAUGCCAAAAUGAUGCAGGAGUACAGGAACCGUGUUUUCCACGACUUCAGAAACGGACUGUGCAGGAACCUGGUCUGCACAGAUCUUUUCACCAGAGGAAUUGACAUCCAGGCUGUGAAUGUCGUCAUCAACUUCGACUUCCCCAAAAACGCAGAGACGUACCUCCACCGCAUCGGGAGGUCAGGGAGAUUCGGCCACCUGGGUCUGGCCAUCAACCUGAUCACGUCGGAGGACCGCUUCAACCUGAAGGCCAUCGAGGACCAGCUGGUGACGGACAUCAAGCCCAUCCCGGGCAGCAUCGACAAGAGCCUGUACGUGGCCGAGUUCCACUCCGGCAGCCCCGAGUGUGAGGGGCAGGAGGGCGACCGGGAGACCACCCACCCCCUGGGGGAGCUGCACCAAGCCUGAGCGGAGACGAGGACACCUGGCACUUGCACACACAUCUGCUUCGGCACAGACAUCAUCCCUCCUUUUUGGUUUUCUUUUUCAUACUUCAGUCCCACUCAAGCUACUUCCCCGUCCAGUCUGCCGCUGGUCACUCUCUCUUUAGUCGGGUAAAGCUGCCAGAAGACUUUCGGUGCAUGAGACCAGCCCAGCUGUUUUACUGCCAACCCCCAGUGAAUGAAUCUCCAUUCAGGGGCUACUCAAACCCCCAAACAAUGAGCAUAAAACACGUUGAGGUCAGUCCAUCUGUGAAAGGGAGAGGGGGGGAGGGGGGACAAAAAGCGGAAACGCAUCAAUUCUUCUUGGCUGGUACUUCCUGUUUGCGUGUCAGUGGGUCAGGGUUAGAGCUGGCUGAUUAUUGCAGUGCAUUCCCAACAGUGUGUUUGGCAUACGGCCCUCUGUGUUCUGUAUUGAGUCUCUGCAGAAAGUAGUGGUGACCCAGUCGUUCUGUAUCUGAAGUGAAACAGAGAAAAAUAAAUGUGCGUGAAGUAAAAAAAAAAAAAAAACGAAAUUAGACAAGGGGUCACUUGGUUGUAAUGGUAAUGCAGGUGACUGGACCAGAGGCCGUGUGUGUUAAGGGAAAGAAAUGCAGAAUAUCUGUUAUGAACUGCAUUGCUGUUUAUACUUGCUGAACAGUCUGCGCUCUUGCUGAAAAGCUACAGUUUCAGGGUUUCAUUUUAAAUUGAUUGCACUCAGUUUAUUAAAAAAAAAAGAAAGAAAACCGUUUAAAGAAAGAGCGCACGCACACAGGGGUAAGCCGCCGUGGGAAUGUCCCGCAGGCUGAUACCCAAACCCCGCCCGGCAGCUAGUCAGACCAGCCGCUCCGCUUCCCGCCGCUCGCCAGUGCUACAACUCGCCACGCGCGCACACGACCACACUCAAGUGCCUUAAUCCCGCAGCACACUCCCACGGCAGGAGGGGCCCGGUCUCCUGCAGCCAGCACCGUCACUCUGCGCCCUGAGGCUUCGCACAGCUCGCUCCCGGUCAGCUGGCUCUGUCACACCUGGGUGCAGUGGGCACUUUUAAGUUCUCGCCAGUCAGUGAUUGUAAUUCGGGGUCACCAGUCUUUACCCGAGAGGGGCCGGUUUGGGGUGCAGGCUCGUGUUCCUGCCCAGCUUUUAUAAACUCAUCGUGGAGGUCUUGAUUGAGGACCGUGGUUAGUCCAGUCGGGUGCUUUAGCACGGGGUCAGUACAAAUGAAUGGACCAUAAACAACCCUUAUUGGGUAAGGGACCCCUGAAUUAAGACAUGGGUUAAAGAAAGAUAAUAAAAAGGGCACAAGAUCCGGGUUUUGCCUGUGCAUGCCAUUGGUAUAAGGGCAGUGCUGGUUCGCUGUUGUUGACUGUGAGCACUGAGCUCAGCCAGUUUGUCUUGGAGCUGUCAGGCUGCAUAAAACCCAUUUGAUAUUCAGUGUACAUUCCCAGACCUGGAGGAAAACUGGACAACAUGGCUUUUACUGUUCAAUAUGAGGUUGUGCCCCCUGCAGGCCAAGGCCAUGUUCAGUUUUGAGAUGAGGAAGCUUGAGACUUGAUGUAUCUUAGACUGAAGUGAGAGCAGCUAUACUUAAUUAUCUUUGGUUGACAGGGCUUAAUUACACUGGAUCAUAUUCAGGGAAGCGGGCUUACUCAUCCACGAGACGCCUCGAUAUGGUACAGACGCUGUGAUUUAUAUUAAUAGGAUGCGAUUGACAGUGAUAAAUGAUGUUGGGUAAACACGCUUCCCUGAGUGCCCUCUGCUGGAAUAACUGAAGCUUUACGCUGCCAAUUAAAUGGAUACUGAAGCCAGGCUGACUGGGCAUAGAAAGGGGAUACCUGCUCAAUAAACACUGUGAAACAUAGGAAAAGGUUACAUUUCUAAUGGCAACACCCGAACACACACUCUCUGUACAGUACCACAAGUAAGAGUAAUAUGCAUUCACGGAGAUGGCGCGCACCAGCUGUGUAGUCAAUGAAAACUUUGGACGGCUGUUAUAAUGUGAAAUUUCUGAUUGAAACUGGGGUUUGGUGUCACCACAAUGGCAGUUUCUCAUUUUGGACCAGUAACGUAGGUUGAUUAUUUUUAACCCUUUUCCUGCCACAAGCUCAAUGUAGGAGCAGAGUUGGACUGAAGACUCAUUUCCUUGUUCCUUUUAGUUCCUCCCACCUUUUUUUUUUUUUUCCUUGUGCAAGUAGAUGCUGCUUGUUCACCUGGGGAGUUUAACGGGUGAAUGGCAACAGCUUUUUUUUUCCUCCAAGUGUCUGAGCCAGUGCCUCCGUUACCAGAGAAAAUAAAAAGUCCAGCUCAUUCUCCAAA